UCCAGCUGCUGCAGACCGAAUACUGGCAAUAAGGGAAGAUCGCGAGGACAAACCAAAAUUGCAUUCUGUAUUCAUUCUACUUUCAAAAAUCACGUCCCCCGGUCGCCACACGGGAGCCCCCCGCGGAGACCACGGGAGCUUGUUGCGCCGUGUGCGGGCGUCGUGGCUGCAGACCGCUCGGAGCGCAAGCGUCUCCCCAUAUUUCAAGGAAACCGCUCACCCGACUGACUCGGCUACCCCUGAGGCAUGUUGUGUUAAAGAAACACCUAUGCAGGUGGAUCUUACACUAAUGAAUGUAGGGGAUGGAGGCACGGUGAGCAGACAGAUCAGUGCUCCAAUUAAAGCGUCUGCUAGUAUGGUGGGAAAUCCCCCCCAGACGCUACCCUCUGAGUUCAGAGGAGAUGUUACCCUCAGUCAGCAAAACAAGAGCACACCAACAACAGACUGUAAGACCGCGAAAGCCUGCCUGGACACUAGCAAUUACAACCACAGCCCCGAGCUGUCUCCACCUCUGCAGCCCAACAAUGCACCGACGUCCGGCUCAGAGAAGAGAGCGGACAAAAGGGCCGAGGCCCCUAAACCCAAGUCGGACGGCGCCGCCGUCCUCCCCGCCGUCCUCUCCGCUCCCCAGUGGUCGAGUGGAGAGGACUUGCUCAGCCUCGGUCGCGGCGCGCCGACAGCCAGCAAGAAAUCACACCCGCCGACGCAAUCUGCGCAAAGUGCACCGCCCGGGUUUCAGUGCUCCACCAAGUUCAAACCAGCCCAGCCGGUUGCCUUCCUUCCGUCCACAAAUUUCCCCUCUCCGCUCUGUAAAAUCACUCUUCCACCAGCAUUGAGUCAGAUUUCAGCAUUUAGAGACGCCACAGCGGGUCAGUUCCAGAAAGAGAUUCCUCCCCAGAGCUCAUGUGUCGGAGGGACACCUCUCGUGCGGACGUAUCCCUACCCCUUCUCGGUGGGCAGGACUCCGGCUGCGGAGAAAAGAGCCGGCGCGUCGAAGCUCAAAUCCAACCAUUCGUCUAAUAAGCAUUCUAAAUCCGUGGGCGAGCAUAAAUCUUUAGCGUCAGUGGUGGCCUCACCGGCUGUUGCCCUACCGUUGCAGCAGCCUUCAUUAACUCCCGCAGCACCCUCCCGCUACACGCUGUCUCCCACCGCUGCCAUUUGCUGUGGCUCCGCACUCGCCGGCGUCACCUCUCAGAGCAGGCUGCUGAACCACGCGGAGAAAAGCAGCAGCCUAGACAAGACCACCGUGGGCUCUCCUAAAACGACCCCCGCCUCUGCUUCAGACGACACUGCGGCGUGUCCCGUCGAGCCGAGAGACGUGCCUCUCGAUUUAUCUGCUAAAUCCAAACGUCCGAAGUGCAUCGACGACCCUCUAGUUGCAACGAUCGAGCCUCAUAAUAGUGAGCCGAAUCAGAAAGAUUUUCUGAACGCAAAGCGGGCUCAUUCCACGACGUAUAGCCCGGCUGCACAAUACCCCGUCCUACCGAACACCCACAGAAAUGGAUCCCAUCAAAAGCAGUCAAAUCGGCCUCAGAAUCACCAGGUCCAAGAGCCCAAACCAGCGUGGGGUAAGGGAGCUUCUCAAGACUCCAUAAAAAACAUCCCUGGAACAUAUGUUGGCGUGGCCAGCCCAAUACUGGCUUCUACUCUGCGGGGCAAGGACGGAAAAGGGACUUUUGUAGAUGAAUAUCAGAGUUUCGCCAAGCAGGAGUUUAUAUCUAUAAUCGACCAAGGGGAGCACCUGGCAUCCGGAGGAAAGAAGCCAUCCUGUAUGACGAAGGGCCACCAACACGCUCACAGUGUCAAGCAUGUAAAAAACACCAGCGUAGCCAUAACUAAGGACUGUCCCGCUAAAGGAGCCCUGACUACCGCCCUGUCGAGCUCUGCCAGGGCUCAGGCCCAUCAGAAAUCCGGCGCUGGCAAAACGGCAGUGCCGUACUCUCCCGCUGUCGUCGGUGCAGCCUGGCAGCAGCCUCCGAGUGUGCUGCACCCGGCCUCGCCCCCUCAGAGGAAGAUCCCACAAGGAUCUCCGCAGGCGAAGGGUGCCUCCGCCACGGAAAGAUGUAAGGCCCGAAGUCCCCACCGCCGCCCGUCCAGCCCCGAGGAAGAUAAGCGGGAGAGGAUGAAGUGUCCCCUGUCCAACCUCGCGUCCAUCGUAAAGCAGCAAGCGCUCGACGGGACGGCGGGCGAGGGCGAGACCCGGGCGGCGCCCGUUGCCUCGAGAAAGGCCGAUUUUCCGAACCCGCUCUCUCCGAGCCAAGACGUACGAGCCAAACAAACUUCAGCUCUCGAGUACCCGGCCUACUGGUCUUUGGAAAAAUGGGCUGCUUUGCCUUCUCAAGCGGAUUCAACUCCAGCUAAGAAGAAGCACGAGAAGGCGAGCGAGCCCGCGGAGAGCAACGCAGAGCUGAACUCCGGCCGGGGGGAAAUGGUGGGAGUACCGGCGAAGCUGGGCUUCCCAAAGCCCGCUGGCCGUCUCUUUGGCAAAGCACCCACGAAUGGCAACAGGCUGGAGAGCAAACUAGCCCAGGUGUUGGAGGGGGAGGUGUUGAAGCGGGAAGUCUGGCCGCCCGACGGGCCUCCGUGCGACAAGCCUGACGGCGCGGUCGCGUCCAUCCUGACCGGCCCGUGCGCGGCGGGAGGCGACAAGUUUGAGCAGAAAACCAACGGAACCAAAGAGGAGUUGCCAACCAAAACCGCUGGCGUCAGACAUAAGAAGAGCAGUCCGAAGAAGCCGGCGAAGGAGAAGUCGCCAUCGGACUGGUCCAAGAAGGCUGCGGGAAAGAAAAAGCAAGACAUAGAAAAAACUCCACCAAGGUCUUGUCAAAAGAAGCAGAAGAAACAAUGUGCACCGGUUCAGGAGCAGAGUCCAUCAUCGGGGAAUCUUUCUCCACCGGGCAAAGGGCCGACGGCGAGGGACAAGCCCAGUCCCAACAAGGUGGAGCAAGCAGCCCGCGACAGAUCUGUCCCAGAUAGCGGCGGCGGCGCUCCGGAUGCUCCCAGGCCCCUCGGCGGCUCCGCUGUGCUCGCCAAAGAGGCCGACGCCACGGGGAGCUUCACCCCGAGACUGAGGCGAGGGCGGCGGCGCGCCGACGAGGCCCGGCUCGACCUGUGGGGCUUCGCGACGCCCUCCCCUCCGCCACCGCAAAUGCCGCCUCCCCCGGUGUCCCCGUCACCCUCCGCGGUUCCCGCCCAACCCGCCCGCCGGCCGAGGGGGAGGCCCCGCUCGACCCCUCUGCCGGAGCGAGCGGCUCAGGGGAAGGGCAAGGCGGCCGGCGCAGAGGGCGAAGCGCCCGCUCCUAAGAAACGCCGGCGGUGCCGUAGCAAAAAGUACCAGACGGGGGAUUACGUCACCGAGAAAGACAAGCUGGAAGACGCAGAGCGCCGCGGAGAGGUCGGCUCCCUGAGACGGGACAGCGGAGUCCCAGCAGAUCCACAGGCGCGUCAGUGUUCGAGUCCCACUGCCUGCAGUCCAGAGCCGCCUGCCCGGAGACCCUCGUUCACUCGCUCCGGGUCGCUCCGCUACCAGGAGAGCGAGGUGUCCCCGGAGAGCAAUGACAAGCCUUCGGGGAAAAGGAAGUUCAAAAGCAAGCACUUAAGUGACAGCGAGGAGCAGAAGACGAAGACCAAACGCAGCGGCUUGGGCAAGCGAGGUGCCUCCCUCGCCCUGGAUAACGAGGGGGCUGAUGUAAAAAGGACAGAGAGCCUCCCGCCCGCUCCAAAAGGCUCGCCAUCAUCUCCACCCAGCAAGAAAGCCUCAACGGGGAGAACUGGCGGCCCGGAGUCUCCCGCCAAAAGGCCCGUUCCUCCGGAGGUCCGGCGGCUGAUCGUCAACAAAAAUGCCGGGGAGACCCUGCUGCAGCGCGCGGCGCGCCUGGGCUAUCAGGACGUCGUCCAGUACUGUCUGGAAAAGGACGUCGGCGAGGUCAACCGGCGCGAUAACGCCGGCUACACGGCGCUGCACGAGGCGUCCUCCCGAGGCUGGACUCAGAUCGUCCAGAUGCUGCUGAAGCACGCCGCCGACGUCAACUGCAGCGCCCAAGAUGGGACACGGCCCCUUCACGACGCGGUGGCGAGCGAUAACCUGCCGAUCGUCUGGUUGCUCCUGAACCACGGCGCCGACCCGACGCUGGCCACCUACUCCGGGCACACUCCGGUCAAGCUGGCGCACAGCCCGAGCAUGAAGGCCUUCCUCACAGAAUAUUUCACAGACCUGGAAGCCCGCAAAGAACAAGAUCUGGGCUCCCCCUGGGAUUUCUACGGUAGCUCCCUCUUUGAGACGGACCAGGAGCCGUGCUGGGACUUCCUGCUGUCGGAGCAGAACCAGGAGCUGCAGGAGGAUGCAACGGGAAAGACCGAGCCGGACUCGGACAAAGAUUGUCUCCUGUUCGAGUUCUCCUCGGAGCCUCUCUUACCCUGCUAUCAUGUUCAGGUGUCGUUAACCCAGGGCUUUUGCAACUGGUUCCUCCUGACGGACGUCCUUAAGCGCCUGAAGAUGUCGGCGCGGAUCUUCCGUGCGCGUUACCCACACUUGGAGGUGGUGAGUCUGUCGCGCGUUGAGCUCUCGAGGCAGGCGUCAAUCAGCCAGGUGAGCUCCACGUUGGCAUCCCUGUACAAAGAUCAAAAUAAGGAGGAGGAGGAGGAAGAGGAAGAAGAAGAGGAGGAGGAGGCGGCAGGAAUUGUGGAACUGGUGCGAUGUGUACCGGAGCUCCAGAGACUACUGGGAUCCUCCAUUGACAUCCUGCAAGAUGAUGAUGAUGAGGAGGAGGAGGAGGAGGCGGAGGAGGAGACACUGGCGAGGGCGGGGAAGCCGCGCGGCCGGUAGCCUCUCCGUCGCCAUGCAAACUGUUGUCAACCCAAGUCCUUCCCUGCAAGCAGCAGCUCAAAGGAAACCUCUCCGUCCAAGGAAACGAGGCUCCGUGGGUUUUAACUGCAAUAUAACCUUUGACCUCAGACAGAAGGUGAUUAAGUGAUCACAAGGACCUGCACACGGUUUGGUGCUGUAAAGCAGCUUUCAGGUUCCUACCUAUAGGUAUAUUUGAAUACAUGAGAACUAUUGAGCAAACCUUUUGUAUUGAUUAUGUAUGUACAUGGUAGUGUAAAUGUGUAUAUCUUGCCAUCAGGGUUUAAAAAGAAAACAUUUGGUUAUAUGAAAGUAUUCUUGUGGCAAAAGGACACAAGAUGUCUAGGAAUUCUUGUUUGAGUUUGUUCCCGAGAGAGAGAGAGAGAGAGAGAGCGGUAUUUUUUUGACGGGAGAUCAAGACUUUUCUAUCUUGGGGAACUCUCGUACAAGUCAGGGAGGCCACUGGGCCGGAUGGUUCCGGUCUGUGGACCCGGGAGACCUGGAGACCCGCCACCCAUAAUAUUCACAUGUAACCAGAGCUUCAUUUAAAACUAAAUCCGUUACCUUGUGGACCUAGCAGCUCACCGCGUUUCCCUUUCACCCCGCCGCAUUUCACAGAGUGGGCGGGGGGGCGGCGCAAAAUAUGAAAACGCCAUCAUUUUUGGACCUGGAGGUUGAGAGUUUGUUUACAGAGCCGGACAGAUGUUCUCCAGUCCCGCGGGUUGCACUCCUCCUGAACUGAAACAGAAUCCUGUGGAUCUCUCGCUCUCGCUCUCUCUCUCUCGCUCUCGGAGGAGGAGGAGGAGGAAGAGGAAAAGUAGUCCCACCUCUGGAGGCCCGAGGAGGCGAGACGCCCUCGUAACUGCAGCCACGUCCCUAUAUGAGAUCCCAGAGUGCUUUGUGUUGCAGUGUUUUUAUUUACACUGUUUGUUGUGCUUAAUUUAAUAGUCAUUAAUAUAUUUGACCUCUUUGUGUAUCUGACAAGCCUAUCUAUGAAAAAAAAAAUUGCUUUGUAUGGUUGGUGCUUCAUUUUGAAAUGUACUUAUUAGGAUCCCUUUCUUCUGACAUUUUCCUCCUUCAUUCAAAAACAGUAUUUCAAAAAAGAAAGGAAAAAAAAAAGCUAAAGUACAGUUUUAUUGUACCGGUGCUAAGACAGAUUUUGUGUUGACAAUCAAUGAUGUUUUUGUUUGAAGUCACGAACUAAUAAAAUAUGUUUAAGAUGAAGAGACUUCAGGUGUAAAGAAAAGUAUAGUUUAGUAAAAAAGAAAACUGGAAACAGCACGACUGAGGAGUGAGAAGAGCCUUUUAUUUAAGAAUAAAGCAUGAUUGUGAAUUAUAGCUAUAUCCUCUUUGUUAUGUCAGUUGGGUUUUUAUAAUAUCAGCUGAAUAUUCAGGAAAAAACUACUGGAUAAACGUCUUUUAAUCAGAGAUAAUUUGGCCCUGAGAGGAAAUGCUAGGAAGAACCAUGACGUUGGUGCUGUACCCGAGAGGAACCGUUUCACAUUCAAAUCCAAAUAUACUUUGUGAUCCAGCACUACGAUGGUUAAUAAAUACCAUGACCGGACAUUUGUCUCUACUGUCGAGCUCUUGAAUAAAGGUGAUUGGGGUUUAGUGACAA